UUUUCAUGUACAAUAAUACUCAGCAUGUUGUUGUUCUAUCACAUGCUGGCCGGAGCCUUUCUUCCGUUCUUCAUCCUUUCAGGAAAUUGGGUUUCAGCUGAGAACAUCAACUUUUACAAUGUGAGACCUCCACCAGACCCCACUCCAUUUCCAAACAGUUUUAAGUGCUUUACUUGUGAUAAUGCAGUGGACAAUUACAACUGUAACAGAUGGGCUGAAGAUAGAUGGUGUCCUGAAAGUACUCAGUACUGUUUGACAGUUCAUCUCUUCACAGACCAUGGGAAGAGUACAUCAGUCACCAAAAAAUGUGCUACUGGAGAAGAAUGCCAUUUUGUAGGCUGCCACCGUCACACAGAAAGUGGCCACACAGAAUGUGUUUCUUGCUGUGAAGGCAUGAUUUGCAAUGUAGAAAUACCAACCAAUGACACAAAUGCAGUAUUUGCCGUAUUGCAUGCCCGGAGAACGUCGGAUGGCAGCAGGCGGACAGUCAACAUUGCAGUGCUUGUAUCGGUCAUGGUGAUUGCGUUGUCGUGAUGCAGCAUCCUCCCAUUAUAUCGGCUUG